AUGAAGUCAUCCGCGUAUGUCUCUAAAAUUCCGAGCACCAUGUUCGGAAAUACGUCAAUUGUUAUUCGAAAUAUCGUCGAGGAUCAAGGAAAAGUUGUAUUUAUUUGCCUUAUCACUGUAUUAUUCUCAAUAUUGCCGGUUGGGUAUCACAUGGUUAUUUUAAAUGUUCCCGAGAAGGUUUUCCAACAAUUUAUCGAAAAUAAUUUUGAGAGCUUAUUUGGAAUUGUGCUCAGCGCCAAAGCACUAAAUAUUGUUUGGUCAGUCACAGUGGCUUCUCAGGGUAUUGGUGCCUUAAUUGGAUGUGUUCUAGUCAGCCCAAUGUCAAUAUAUGGGGCAAAAAUGGUUCUCAUGAAUAUUUGCAGUAUUCUAUUAAUAAUUGGCUCAUUAUUGAUGACAAUGUCAGCUUGGACAUAUUUCCCACCGCUUUUCAUUGUGGGAAGAAUUAUAACAGGUGUAUACACUGGAUUGGUAUGCGCAUUCGCUCCUAUUUUUCUUCAGCAAAUUAUUCCAAAAAAUAUCAAGGGCUCCCUGAGCUGCUUCCUUCACAUCGCUGUAUGUUUCGGCUCAUCAAUCGGCGCCGUAUUCUCGCUUCCCUUCAUGUUCGGCUCAUCGACAACCUGGCCAACGCUGACAUUGGUGCCCGCGAUCUUCGGAUUCGGCUUGUAUAUUGCCUCGUACUGGAUUCCAGACACACCAAACAAUCUUCUACAAUCUGGAAAGUACACUGAAGCGAUUGAAAGUAUCAGAUUCUUCUACGAAAUUGACGAUGAGGAUGAGGAUGAAAUAAUCCGUCAAUAUUGGGAUAUGAUUCCGGAGAUGCCAGAGCAACUCUCGAUCCUCUCAGCCAUCGCGAUCCCAACAAUUCGGAGGGGAAUCAUCCUCGGAAUGAUUGUAAGCGCCACACAGAUUUUCUCCGGUAGUAUGGUGUCGAUCUCCUAUUCAACAGAUAUGUUUGAGGCGGUUUCAUUCAUCGACUCCAUUGUGCCGUUCUUGCCCGCGCUCGGCUCAAUCGUCUCAAUCAUUCUAACAAUUCCAGCACUGAAAUGGGUAGAAACUCGCGGUCGACGUCCUCUUCUUCUCAAGACCCUGCUCUUCUGUAUAGCCGCCAACGCGUUCUUCCUUUUAUUCACCUUGAUCUCUCAAAACGGUUCGAAUUGGGCUUCGUGGGGAUUCGCUAUUGCCUUCUUUUUGUAUGGAAUCGGCUAUAAUCUAGGAGUCGGUCCUGUUGCUUACUUCCUACCUGCUGAGCUGGUACCACCGGAGGCCGCCAGCGCCAGCCUAGGCGCCGCGGUGGCCACUAAUUGGAUCUGCACAAUUGCCACAACCUUAUUCUUCUAUCCAUUGAGCAAAUCGAUUGGCGGAUGGAGCUAUUUGAUAUUUAUUCUGCCCACCGCAUUCUUUUUAAUGAUUUUGUGGAGAUUCCUCCCCGAAACCAAAUUUCAUUAUAAGAUUGACGCACUGGAAGUGAGAUUGCUAACCGAUUUGGGACCAUCGAUUAAUUACGGGACCAUUGAUGUCGAUGAGCCGACACUGUUUUGA